AACUGGGGUUUGUGAGAGUUUACUAGCUUCCACAGUAUGGCAGGUCUGUCAUAGCUCGAAGUCUCUUGACGAUGGCUCCACGCCUGAGUAGACAGGCAACAGAGUCUGAUCUCAGGGUCAUGGAGAGACUUGGGCUCAGGGUCGCAGACUGUACCCUGGAUGAGGUGAGGCGAUUGGCGCACAGUGCCCUUUUCAUGUGUCCUCAGCACAUUUGAAUCUACAUUGUCUUCAUUCUCCACGUUUCUCUACGCGUUAUGACACCUUUCAGACGCUUCCCAGGCCAUCAUGAUCAGCCUAUCUGCAGCUGCGGAGAGGAUUUCCAUCCUCAACGAAAGGCAUUCGCGAUUGGUGGAUCCAGCUCUUUUUUAGGAGAAGACGGGAUUAUACUUACUUCCUUCGACACCGGCAGACUCAACUACGGCAUACGUUAUCUCAUAGUUGGAGAGAUCUUCUUCGAAAACCAACACGAUCUCCUCAGCUUAUGCCCGGCUAACAGGCAUUGCUAUCUUGCCUGUUUACCGUGGAUAUAUCGGGACGUGAUAACCGAUCUUAGCGACAAACAGAGUCUCGUUAUCCUGAAGCGCCUGACAGGACGGUCUAACAUCGAGCGCUUCGUGCGAACACUGACGCUCGUAGGUCCCGGCAAGAUGCACUACGAGAACUAUGAUCACCAGACUGCAGACUCUCCGUGCAGCGGAAUGCGGCAAGCUCCCGCUUGAGUUCUUGCAAGAUGUGAACCUUCCCAAAUUGAGAAUAGAGCUGUACAGGGGAACACUUCUUGAGCCGAGCACCAUUUCAGAUUCACCUGGCCGGAGGCUUCAAACACGACCUCAUCGUUGCCCUUUAGAAAUGUCUCGCCCUG